CAGUAAAUUACCCGGAUGCAAAAGGCCAUGUGCAGCGCUGUCUCUCUGAAGUUCGAUUGCACCACACCUCUGGCCGUUCUUCUCUACGCUAUAUCAUUCCGUCUUCUUCAGACGACCAAAUUGUGCCACCCUAAAAUCAUUCAAACAACAAAGAUGCUGCGUCUACCCACAGUGAUGAGACAGAUGAGGCCAGUCUGCAGGGCCCUGGCCCCCCACCUCACCCGAGCCUAUGCCAAGGACGUCAAGUUUGGAGCCGAUGCUCGGGCCAUGAUGCUGAAGGGAGUGGAUCUGCUGGCUGAUGCUGUCGCCGUCACCAUGGGACCCAAGGGUCGUACAGUCAUCAUUGAGCAGAGCUGGGGCAGCCCCAAGGUGACCAAGGACGGCGUCACUGUAGCCAAGGCCAUCGACCUGAAGUGCAAGUACCAGAACAUCGGUGCCAAGCUGGUCCAGGAUGUGGCCAACAAUACUAACGAGGAAGCAGGAGAUGGCACCACCACCGCCACUGUGCUGGCCAGAGCCAUCGCCAAGGAGGGCUUUGACACCAUCAGUAAAGGAGCUAACCCUGUGGAGAUCCGCCGUGGCGUCAUGCUGGCUGUGGAGACCGUCAUUGCUGAGCUGAAGAGGAUGUCUAAGCCAGUCACCACACCUGAGGAGAUUGCCCAGGUGGCCACCAUCUCUGCUAAUGGAGACGUGGAGAUCGGCACCAUCAUCUCCAAUGCCAUGAAGAAAGUGGGCCGCAAGGGAGUCAUCACUGUCAAGGAUGGCAAAACCCUGCAUGAUGAGCUGGAGAUCAUUGAGGGGCUGAAGUUCGACCGAGGAUACAUCUCCCCUUACUUCAUCAACUCAGCCAAAGGCCAGAAGUGUGAGUUCCAGGAUGCCUAUGUGUUGCUGAGUGAGAAGAAGAUCUCUACUGUCCAGAGCAUCGUCCCUGCCCUGGAAUUGGCCAACCAGCACCGCAAACCUCUGGUCAUCGUGGCCGAGGACGUGGACGGAGAGGCCCUCAGCACCCUGGUUCUCAACAGGCUGAAGGUGGGACUACAGGUGGUGGCAGUCAAGGCCCCAGGCUUUGGAGACAACAGGAAGGCCCAGCUGCACGACAUCGCCGUCGCCACCGGUGGCACUGUGUUUGGUGACGAGGCGGUGGGCAUUGCCCUGGAGGACAUCCAGGCCCAUGACUUUGGCCAGGUGGGCGAGGUGUCAGUGACCAAGGACGACACCAUGCUGCUGAAGGGUAAGGGAGACACGGCGGCCAUCGAGAAGAGGCAGGCUCAGAUCGCUGAGCAGCUGGAGAACACCACCAGCGACUACGAGAAGGAGAAGCUCAGCGAGAGGCUGGCCAAGCUGUCUGACGGAGUGGCUGUGCUCAAGGUGGGAGGAACGAGUGAUGUGGAGGUGAAUGAGAAGAAGGACCGUGUGACCGACGCCCUGAAUGCCACCAGGGCCGCUGUGGAGGAGGGCAUCGUGCCCGGGGGUGGCUGUGCCCUGCUGCGCUCAAUCCCUGCACUAGAUGCCCUUGUGCCCAUCAACGCUGACCAGAAGAUUGGAAUUGACAUCAUCAGACGAGCCCUGCGUGUGCCAGCCAUGACAAUUGCUAAGAACGCUGGUGUGGAGGGCUCUCUAGUGGUAGAGAAGAUCCUUCAGGCCGCGGUGGAGAUCGGCUAUGAUGCCAUGGAGGGAGAGUACGUCAACAUGGUAGAGAAGGGUAUCAUCGACCCCACCAAGGUGGUGAGGACUGCACUAAUGGAUGCUGCAGGUGUUGCAUCCCUGCUCUCCACCGCUGAGUGUGUGGUCACAGAGCUGCCCAAGGAUGAGAAAGAGGGUGGCACGCCAGGAGGCAUGGGUGGAAUGGGAGGCAUGGGAGGAAUGGGUGGUGGCAUGUUCUAAGGCCCACCUCAAAGCGCUGUACAGACUUAAUGGCAGCGUGGGGCUCGGGGGCAAAUUGUUCCUCCAACCCCCAGACUUGCCCAAACUGACUGGCCGUGAGUUUUGUUGGAGCUGCAAAUGGAUGAACCACACUAUUUCUGCUGAUUGUCUCCCCUCCACCCUCUGGAAGACCAGACCAGCCUGUCCUCGCUCAGCCUCUCUCCCCCUCUGAAUGACCAGACCAGCCUGUCCUUGCUCAGCCUCUCUCCGUCCCUCUACCCAUCUGACUGAGGCUCUGAUAAACCCCAGUCUGCCCCGAUGAUGCCCCCCCAGUUUACCUCACAAACAUGGCCGUCUCAUCAUCCAUCAGCAACAUGCAGAAUAUUCACUGUCGAUUAUGAAAGAUGCGAAUGCAAUGCUGGUAUUGAUAAUUCUAUCAAAUGGAAGUGUUUGUACUACUGUAACUUCCUGAAGUUAAAGAUAAGGCAGAUAUAACACAGUGUAUAUAUAUAUAUGGGGGUUUGCUGGAGAAAGGAAACUUGGGCAGAAAUGCCACUGUCAAUUUGUCGUAACAUUGUUAAUUUGUUUUUUUUAAUCCGUUUUGUCCUGUUUCACCCACGUAAUGUUGGGAGGAACUAACCUUUUCAGUUGAGUUAAUACAAAUAAAAUAAUUCUUGCUGAGCAUGA